UUAGCAUGUAAUUGGAGGUCUGGCGCUUUGGAUGGAUGGUUAGUACACUGUUAUUUUGGCAUUUAGAUUUCAGACUUUACGCUGUUUAACGUUUUAGAACAAUUUUAUUUGUCCAGAUUUUUUGGGGAGUAAUACUGGAGUGAUUAAACGUGGACUGACUAGGAGACUUUGUUGUCUCAGGUCACACUUGUGAGUUAUUUCUCAGCUGCCUCAGAUCCACUGCUUCUUUGCGCUGGGUCCUGUUAAGCCGUGGAGCAUGAGUACAUAAUGAAGCGACGUUUGGAGGAUCAGGAUACAGCGUUUGGGUCUCAGCGGAGGCUUCCAGGGGGUGCAGAGGGCUUUCAGCACCGCGUCCUUUCCUCUGCAUCGUCCGUGUAUGAGGCUGCCUCAGACAACAUGCAGCCCUCUACCACUGUGCAGUACUCCCCAGUCCCACAGACCUAUCAGGUACCCUUGACACAGAACUCUGGAGGACACGGGCACACAAGCAGCCCCACCGUACAUGGUGGCUCACACCACCACAGCCCUGCGGUCCAGCCCACGGGAGCUCCUGUAGGACAGGGCCAUUCUCAGGCUCCCCCUGCUGCCUCUGCCCCACCUUCAGGCCAGCAACAAUUUCAGAGACUUAAAGUUGAAGAUGCCCUUUCCUACCUUGAUCAAGUGAAGCUCCAGUUUGGAAAUCAGCCACAAGUGUACAAUGAUUUUCUGGAUAUAAUGAAAGAAUUCAAAUCUCAAAGCAUCGAUACUCCAGGCGUGAUUAACAGAGUCUCGCAGCUGUUUAAAGGCCACCCAGAUCUCAUCAUGGGAUUCAACACCUUCCUGCCUCCCGGCUACAAGAUAGAAGUGCAGACCAACGACCUGGUCAACGUCACGACCCCAGGCCAGAUCCACCACAUCACCCCACAUGGCAUCUCAGUCCAGAACAUCCCCUACACACAGCAGGCUCAGGCACAACCCCAGACCCAGACCCCAGCUCCCACCAGCACCGCUGCACUCACCAUGCCUAGUCAGCCAACUCCUGCCAAGAUCAGUAAGCCAAUGCAGUCUCCUGCACUGACCCCAACCAGCCAGCCCAAUCCAUCCAUACCCUCGUAUGCUUCACCCCGCUCCCCAUCGGUGCAGUCUCACACUCCGCUGAGCAGCACACCUGCCAGUGCCCCCCCGCUGCAGAACAACCAGCCCGUGGAGUUCAACCAUGCCAUCAACUACGUGAACAAGAUCAAGAACCGCUUUCAGGGGCAGCCAGACAUCUACAAAGCCUUCCUGGAGAUUCUGCACACGUACCAGAAGGAGCAGCGGAAUGCUAAGGAAGCAGGGGGGAACUACACUCCAGCUCUCACUGAGCAGGAAGUGUACGCUCAGGUGGCUAGACUUUUCAAGAACCAGGAGGACCUUCUAUCUGAGUUUGGGCAGUUUCUGCCAGAUGCCAACAGUUCUGUGUUACUGAGCAAAACAGCCGCCGAUAAGGCAGAGUCUGUGCGUAUAGACCCUGGAAGUGUGCUGAAGAGGCCUCAGCUCAACAACAAGCAACGGUUUAACCAGAAUGGCUGUCAGAUCCGCAGACAUACUGGGCCUGGUGCUACUCCACCUGUAAAGAAGAAACCAAAGUUUAUGGGGAAAGAGCAUCCAAUGGCAGAAGGCAGCAAAUAUGGAAUUGGCACUGAAUCGUUGUUUUUUGAAAAGGUGAGGAAAGCACUGCGGAGUGCAGAAGCCUAUGACAAUUUCCUGCGUUGUUUGAUGAUCUUCAAUCAAGAGGUGAUCUCCCGAGCAGAGCUGGUGCAACUGGUGCUACCUUUCUUAGGGAAAUUCCCAGAGCUGUUUACCUGGUUCAAGAACUUCCUGGGCUACAAAGAGUGUACCCACAUUGAGAGCUAUCCCAAAGAGCGGGCCACAGAGGGCAUUGCCAUGGAGAUUGACUAUUCGUCCUGCAAGAGACUAGGUUUCAGUUACAGAGCUCUGCCCAAGACCUUCCAGCAGCCCAAGUGCACAGGAAGAACUCCACUCUGUAAGGAGGUGCUGAACGACACAUGGGUUUCAUUCCCAUCCUGGUCUGAGGACUCAACUUUUGUCAGCUCCAAAAAGACCCAGUAUGAAGAGCACAUAUACAGAUGUGAAGACGAGCGCUUCGAGCUUGAUGUAGUCUUGGAGACGAACCUGGCCACCAUCCGUGUGCUGGAGACCGUUCAGAAGAAACUGUCACGGAUGUCUGCGGAGGAGCAGGCCAGAUUUAGGUUGGACAACACUAUCGGAGGCUCUUCUGAGGUCAUUCACCGCAAAGCUAUCCAAAGGAUAUAUGGGGACAAGGCUGCUGACAUCAUUGAUGGUUUAAAAAGGAAUCCUUCAGUCUCUGUACCCAUUGUCUUAAGAAGAAUGAAAAUGAAAGAGGAAGAGUGGCGUGAGGCUCAGAGGGGAUUCAACAAGAUCUGGAGGGAGCAGAAUGAGAAGUAUUACCUCAAGUCAUUAGACCACCAGGGCAUUAACUUCAAGCAGAAUGACACGAAAGUAUUGCGCUCGAAGACACUGCUCAACGAAAUUGAGGCUCAGUACGAUGAGCGACAGGAGCAGGCAUCAGAGGACAGUGCCGCCCCUCCAUCCGGCCCUCACAUGACCUUGCCGUACGAGGACAGCCAGAUCCUGGAGGACGCAGCCUCUCUCAUCAUCCACCAUGUCAAGAGGCAAUCCAGCAUCCACAAGGAUGACAAGUACAAGAUAAAGCAAGUCAUCUACCACUUCAUCCCCGACAUGCUGUUCGCCAGGCGAGGCGAGCUCUCCGACGUCGAGGAGGAAGAGGAGGAGGAUGAGGAGGCAGCAGAGGCGGAUGUGGACAGUGCCAAGAGGCCUAACGGAACGGCAUCGGCCAAGUCCAAGCUGCUGUUCGGCCCCGGGCCAGUGGUGCCAGUGCAGCAGACGCAGCAGCAGAAUGCAAGCACCGUCGACGAGGCUUACAACUUGUUCUAUGUCAACAACAACUGGUAUGUCUUCCUGCGGCUGCACCACAUGCUCUGCUCACGACUGCUGCGCAUCUACGAGCAGGCCGAGCGGCAGAUCGAGGAGGAGGUGCGUGAGAGGGAGUGGGAGCGCAAUGUGCUCGGUCUCAAGAGAGAGAAGAACGACAGCCCCGCCGUCCAGCUCCGGCUCAGGGAACCCAUGGACAUUGAAGUUGAGGACUACUACUCGGCCUUUCUGGAGAUGGUACGCAAUCUUCUGGAUGGGAACAUGGAGACGUGUCAGUACGAGGACCAGCUGAGGGAGAUGUUCACCAUCCAUGCCUACAUCGCAUUCACCAUGGACAAGCUUAUCCAGAGCAUCGUCCGGCAGCUCCAGCACAUUGUGAGCGAUGAGAUCUGCAUUCAGGUGACAGACCUGUUUCUCAGCGAAUGCAGCACUAAAGCGUCCGGUGGGAGUGUGGCCACUCAGGCGAACAGGGCAAGUGCUGAGGUGGUCUACCAGCGCAAAGCUGAGCAGCUGAUGGCAGAUGAGAACUGCUUCAAGUUACUGUUUCAAAAGAGUAAAGGGAGUGUACAGGUAGCUGUGGAGCUCCUGGAUACAGAGGAGGAAAACUCGGACGAGCCCGUGGAGGCCGAGCGUUGGUCCGAUUAUGUGGAGCGGUACCUGAACACGGACUCUGCAUCCCCGGAACUGCGGGAGCACCUCUCCCAGAAGCCCGUGUUUCUGCCCAGGAAUCUCCGGCGCAUCCGCAAGUGCCAGCAAGGGCCAGACUUACAGAUGCGGGAGGCGAAGGAAGCUGCCAAGAAAGCCUCUGACCCCGCAGACGACCCCAAGAUGGAAUGCAUGUUCAAGCUGAACUCGUACAAGAUGGUGUAUGUCAUCAAAUCAGAGGAUUACAUGUACCGCCGCACAGCGCUGUCAAGAGCCCACCAGUCCCACCAGCAAGUCAGCACACGCCUGCACCAGCGCUUCCAGGCAUGGCUGGACACAUGGAGGAAGGCUCAUGUGACCAGUGACAUGGCCGCCGACAAUCAGAGGUGGCUGAUGGGAGAAGGCCAAGAGGGGCUGCAGCCUUGCAAGACCAGCUGUGAGCCCACCGUCCUCCACUUCCAGACCAUCAACAGAUACAGGGUCCUGUACAGCACCACUCCCUAACAUUGCACUCUCUGGGGGCGGUGACCUUUACGGAGGGGUGUGGUUUCUUUUUAACUUUUUAAGAAGGAAAAAAAAGACACAUGACUGAAGCAGCACUGAAAUUUAAUGCUGGUUGCCAUGGAGCACUUUGUAGACUCCUCACUCUUAUCAAGAUUGUUAUUAUUGUUGUUGUUGUUGUUAUUGUUAUUAUUAUUAUUAUUAGUGUCUUAAAUUUUUAGAUGGGAACUUUUUUAUUGAGCAUAAUGGCAAGCUGGCAUACCUUCUGGUCUUUUAGUCAUGAUGGAGUACACUGCAAUAACUUUUUUUUGUCUGUUUUAUAAUUACACAAAGUCUUUUGUGUAAAUGUCUACACAAGUAAUCAAAAUGUAAAGUUAAUUUUUAUGAGUGGCAUCACAGGUCAGCGUGUAGUAUACUUCCUUUCUAAUUUUUCUCUUUCUUUUUUGUCUUUUGAAAUUGAGUCAUUGAUUAGGGGAAAAAACCUAUUUUGGUUCAAUUUUACCCAUAUCUUCACAUGCAAACACACACUUCACAGCCAAAUUUUACUUCGCAUAGAUAAAUAGGAUGGAGAAAACACUGAAAACGAUAACGUGUUGGAUGCAAGUGUGGUGAGCUGUUUGUGUCGGAUCAAGCAGCUAAGCCUUCCUUGAUGUUGUGAAUUUGUACAGGUGCUGCAGAUCUGCGUGACAGCUCUGUGCUCUUAAAUAUUUAUAGAACCCCUGAGCAAGGUAAUGAUGCAUUAAUGGAGAUCUAUGAUACCAGCCUCAACAUGAAAACAGCAAGAGCAGCAGCCGCAGAAUCUCACUGUAAAUAACUUGUAUAUUUUCCAGACUGUUUAUAUUCUGAAAACAUUAAACUGUAGUUCACCUUUUUAGACUUUUCUUAUCAUAGCAGAGGUGACUAAUGCUGGUCUGUAUAUUAAAACCGAUUACGUUUUUUUAACCAAAGGGAGUUUUUCUUUUUUUUUACAUGUUUGUGGCUGUGAGUUGUCUGGAACUUUGAAACUUUCGAAAAUAUUCUGUAUGUACAUUGCCAUUCCAUGACACAUUUAAAAAAUUUGAGAUUUGUGACACUGCCCGUGCUACUAUAUUAUGAGUAGAGCUUAGAAACACUUCACUGUUAUUGGCCAGUUUUGCCUCCCUAUUCCUAAUAUGAAAUGUUGUGAAGUCGGAGCACUUUUUUUUUUUGGUGCGCUAAACAUUGAUAACUGCUGAAUAUGGUAAAGCCUAUAAAAAAAAGACAAUGACAGCAUGUUUCUAUGGUCUCAUGUACAGUCCUUUUGUAUUAUUUACCAUUGUUUUAAAGAUUGAAAUAAAACAAAGUUGUAGUAGAUUAAA